GCACCUCCAGCACCUCCACCAGCACCUCCAGCUUUUCCACCUCCAACUGCACCUGAACAGGCAGGACCUGCUCCUGGAAGCUAUGGAAAUGGUGGACCCGCUCCUGGAAGUUACGGAAGUGGUGUUGCACCUGGACCCGCUCCCGGGCCUGGACCCGCUCCUGGACCUGAACCCGCUCCCCCUGCACCAGGCAGCUACGGAGGCGGUAUGGCACCCGGACCCGGACCUGCUCCUGGCAGCUAUGGAGGUGGCGUAGCUCCAGGAGGAGACACUGGAGGUGACGCAGGAAUGGAAUACAGAAAUCGUCGCCGCUUCCGCCAUCGUCGUGUUCUUCGUUCCCGUCGG